GCCGGGGGCGCUGGGGGGCUCUGCGGCGGGCGGCGCGCGGCCCCGGGCGCGGCGCGGAGCGGAGCUGCAGGGCGGCGGCGGGAGCGCGGGGCGCAGGAGCCGCUCCGCCCGGGAGCGCCGGGGAAGUUCGCGCUGGCAGCAUGGGGCGGUGACGCCGCACCGGCCUUCCGCGCCUGCCAGCCGGGCGAGAGCAGGCGGAGGAGGAGGAUGCACCCUCACCGACGGCUCGCCUCCCGGGGCCGGCGCGCAGGUGCCUUGCAGAGAGAGGAGUAGCUUGCUGGCUUUGAACGCGUGGCAGAUAUUUCAGAAAGCUUCAAGAUCAAGCUGGAGAAGGGAAGAGUUAUUCCCCCAUAUUCACCUGCUUCAACUACUAUUCUUAUUGGGAAUGGACAAUGGAAUGUUCUCUGGUUUUAUCAUGAUCAAAAACCUCCUUCUCUUUUGUAUUUCCAUGAACUUAUCCAGUCACUUUGGCUUUUCACAGAUGCCAACCAGUUCAGUGAAAGAUGAGACCAAUGACAACAUCACGAUAUUUACCAGGAUCUUGGAUGGGCUGUUGGAUGGCUAUGACAACAGACUUCGGCCUGGGCUGGGAGAGCGCAUCACCCAGGUGAGGACCGACAUCUACGUCACCAGCUUCGGCCCGGUGUCCGACACGGAAAUGGAGUACACCAUAGACGUGUUCUUCCGACAAAGCUGGAAAGAUGAAAGGCUCCGGUUUAAGGGGCCCAUGCAGCGCCUCCCUCUCAACAACCUCCUUGCCAGCAAGAUCUGGACCCCAGACACGUUCUUCCACAACGGGAAGAAGUCCAUAGCGCACAACAUGACCACGCCCAACAAGCUGCUGCGGCUGGAGGACGACGGCACCCUGCUCUACACCAUGCGCUUGACCAUCUCUGCCGAGUGCCCCAUGCAGCUUGAGGACUUCCCGAUGGAUGCGCAUGCUUGCCCUCUGAAAUUUGGCAGCUAUGCCUACCCGAAUUCUGAAGUUGUCUACGUCUGGACCAACGGUUCCACCAAGUCUGUGGUGGUGGCGGAAGACGGCUCCAGACUGAACCAGUACCACCUGAUGGGGCAGACGGUGGGCACUGAGAACAUCAGCACCAGCACAGGCGAAUACACAAUCAUGACAGCUCACUUCCACCUGAAAAGGAAGAUUGGCUACUUUGUCAUCCAGACCUACCUUCCCUGCAUAAUGACCGUGAUCUUAUCACAGGUGUCCUUCUGGCUGAACCGGGAAUCAGUCCCAGCCAGGACAGUUUUUGGGGUCACCACGGUGCUGACCAUGACGACCCUCAGCAUCAGCGCCCGGAACUCUCUGCCCAAAGUGGCCUACGCCACCGCCAUGGACUGGUUCAUAGCCGUGUGCUAUGCCUUCGUCUUCUCGGCGCUGAUAGAGUUUGCCACGGUCAAUUACUUCACCAAGAGAGGCUGGGCCUGGGAUGGCAAAAAAGCCUUGGAAGCAGCUAAGAUCAAGAAAAAGCGUGAAGUCAUACUAAAUAAGUCAACAAAUGCUUUUACAACUGGGAAGAUGUCCCACCCCCCAAACAUUCCGAAGGAACAGACUCCAGCAGGGACGUCAAAUACAACCUCAGUCUCAGUAAAACCCUCCGAAGAGAAGACUUCUGAAAGCAAAAAGACUUACAACAGUAUCAGCAAAAUUGACAAAAUGUCCCGAAUCGUAUUCCCAGUCUUGUUCGGCACUUUCAACUUAGUGUACUGGGCCACGUAUUUGAAUCGGGAGCCGGUGAUAAAAGGAGCUGCCUCUCCAAAAUAACCGGCCGCUCUCCCAAACUCCAAGACAGCCAUACUUCCAGCGAAAUGGUACCAAGGGGAGGUCUUGCUCCCAGGGACUUUCCAUAUGUGAGCACCAUCUUUCAGGAAAUUUUUGCAUGUUUAAUAAUAUGUACAAAUAAUAUUGCCUCGAUGUUUCUAUAUGUAACUUCAGAUGUUUCCAAGAUGUCCCAUUGAUAAAUCAAAAGCAAACAACUUUCUAGAAAAACGGGAUACAAUGACCGACACUCAGAUGCCCAGUAUCAUACGUUGAUAGUUUACCAACAAGAUACGUACGUAUAUUUUUAACUGCUUCAAGUGUUACCUAACAAUGGUUUUUAUACUUCAAAUGUCAUUUCAUACAAAAUUUCCCAGCGAAUACAUAUUUUAGGAAACUCUCCAUGAUUAUUACUUGACCAACUAUAUUGUGAGAAACAGAGAUCAUAAAGAACACGUUUUUCAUGAUGAGGAAACUUGGACAUUUAUGUACAAAAUGAAUUGCCUCUGAUAAUUCUUACUGUUCUGAAAUUAGGAAAGUGCUGCAUGAUCUUACAUGAAGAAAUAGAGUAGGCAAACAUUUAUGCAGGCAGAUUAAUCACAGAAAUACAUCAUAUGUUAGACACACAAAUACAAUAUUUCCCUGAGGAAAAAAAUUAACUGCUUAAAUUUUUUGGGAGGAAAAAGAAACAUUUCUUACCCCACCCCACACCACCCACUACCUGAACAACAGCCAAGGAAAGAAAGCAGAUGUUAAAACAAACAACAAACCGUGUUUUGACGGCAUUCUCAGCACUUGGCCCGUGUGAUCACUGUCUCUGAAACACUGACCACCUCUCUCUGCAGCCAGCGUGUAGUGCUUCAGUGGUGAGACAUUGUAAUUGACUUAUUUUCCAUUUUAUCUCCUUGUAUGUAUUUCAUGACUGGACUUACUGCUCUGUCAGCUUUUGUAUAUGAAUCUUAAAUGUUCAUUAAAAAAUAAAAAAUGAACUGAUCUUGUGGACA